AUGUUAAAUGGUGGCACUUUCUUGCUUCCUCGCCUCCCUCUUUCUUCCUCCGCCCGAAGCACAAUUUUUUUGAGCAAAAUGAGCACAAUGGCAGAUCCAUUAUGUCGGAAGUUUGUUCCAGUUGAACAGAGUGAGAUUACUUCGAUAAGUAAACCUGAUGGCUUCAAAUUCCGUCUUGUCUCAUACAACAUCUUGGCUCAGGCAUAUGUAAAGAGUGCUCUUUUUCCACACUCUCCAUCGCCUUGUCUCAGGUGGAAACCUCGUUCCCAGGCAAUAUUGACUGUUCUCAAGAGCCUUGGGGCUGAUUUCCUUUGCUUACAGGAGCUAGAUGAGUAUGAUAGUUUCUACAAAAGAAAUAUCGAAAGCCAUGGCUACUCAAGUAUCUACAUUCAGAGAAGUGGGCAAAAGCGUGACGGGUGUGGGAUCUUUUAUAAACCUAAUAGUUCAGAAUUGGUCAUAGAGGAGAAAAUAGAUUACAAUGAUCUUGUAAACUCAGUACAAAGUGGAGCAACAUCAUGCGAGGUACAAAAUAAUGAUGCGCCGCUAUGUGGUGGAAAUAAAGAUGCCGGAGUAAAAGAUUUAGAGCCAAAAAAUAACCGAGAGGAUCGUGGAGAUCCUAAUGAUCCGCUUGUAAGAUUAAAACGUGACUGCGUUGGUAUCAUGGCUGCCUUCAGGCUUAAGGAUCCUUCUGGCCAUCUCAUUAUUGUUGCAAACACGCACCUUUACUGGGAUCCAGAAUGGGCUGAUGUUAAGCUUGCACAAGCUAAAUACUUGCUGUCACGCUUAGCUCAAUUCAAAAUGCUGGUAUCAGACAAAUUUGAAAGCACACCUUCUGUAAUUGUUGCCGGUGACUUCAAUUCGGUCCCUGGAGAUAAGGUAUAUCAAUACCUUGUUUCAGGCGGUUCUUCCUUGGGGCUUCUGUCUGAAUGUCAUGAAGAUCCACCAAUAUCAUUAUGUAGUGUUUAUGCACAUACAAGGGGAGAACCACAAUUCACAAACUGCACGCCUGGUUUUACUGGUACUCUUGACUACAUAUUUUUUUCUCCUUCUGGGGAUGUCAAACCAGUCAGUUACCUUGAACUUCCCGAACCAGAAUCAUCUGAUGUACACGGUGGAUUACCAAAUUACCAGCACCCAAGUGAUCAUGUGCCAAUUGGUGCUGAAUUUGAAGUUGUGUGAGGAAAAUAAAUAUCAUUGGGCGGGUCACAUUUUGCUGCUGCUCCUGCUGAUUCGUCUCUCUUCCUUCGCGAUGACCAGAAAGAGAAAGGAGAAAACCCUCCCUGGUACGUGGGGAUUUCAAGGCAGCUAACCAUUCUUUGUUUUUGGAAAAUUUAUCUAGGAAGCUCCCGCAGCAUUACUUGAAUGGUGUAACAAAAUGCAUUGAACUGUUUACUUUCCCAGUUUUGCAUUUCGUUGUACAAAUGAGAUGCAAUAAUUCCAUUUUUAUGUUUUCAAAAUCGAGGACAAAUUUGAAGUGGGA